CAAUUCUGUUGAACGAUGUGUUGGGAAUGGAUAUUUAGGAGUAAAGCAUACAUUUUGUCGUAAUAUUACUUGCCAUGGCGAGGACACUAAUAGCGUUGGCUGUGGCAGCAGUUAUUGCGAUCGCCUGGGCGCCAACCGCAGAUGCGCAGGAUGAAGACUUCGACGCACCGUUUGGCGAGCAAACGGGCCUCAUUCCCAACUUUCCCUACCGAAUUUGCAACACACAAGUCGGCGCGUACCGGUUCGCUCCUGAAGUGAAGCAUCUCAGUGGCGGUAGAUUCUGCUUCACGAUCAAGGUCCAAACUCAAGGCUGCACUCACCCAUGUUGUUUCGCUGACUUGUACAAGAUUGAGUUCAAUGUUUCCGACAGCUGCAUUGUGCAGCCAUCUGCGGAUAUCAAAGCCACCAUUAAUGGCAACUACACGCGAAUCGGUGCGGCUUUCGGGCGGCCUGUUUACGGCCGAAAUGGAUCCGCCAUUUUGCGACUCACGCAGCUGGGGCUGAACACCGUUACAGCCGCCAACGCGGAGGUGUGCCUCAUCCUUAAAGCUAACAGACUCGGCAAGGGAUGCACCACCCUGGAGCAGCUUUGCGUGCCCCCGCCAGGUGCUGCACGAGGGAUGUGUGCUGCAGCCAUGUACGACACGCCGUGUGACUGCUGCCCCCCCCCUUCCCUUCCGCCACCUCCCAGCCCGCCGGACAUCACCCCUAAUCCUGUAUGCCGGGUCUGCAUCAUCAUCUCGCUCUUGCCCCCGAGCUUUGACAUCAACCGUUACCGGUUCGACAACAGGACAUGUUCGUCUAUCCAGGACUACAUCGCCGCCUCCAUCAACGCCUCCAUUGUGAGCAACAACAUCCCCAUGCAGUCGUACUUCGCUCCCAACGCCAGUCUCUGCUCCCCGCUUGAGAUCCGAGUGUGCGGCACCUUUGUUGAUGCGAAUGGUGCAAACCAACUCAAGGCCGCGGUUGAGCUGCAGACGCAAUUCUGGAUCAAAUUUGUUGCCGGUGGUGAGGUGUGCCGGGCGGAAUUGGAUCGUUACGCCAUCCAGAUCUCCACAGAGGCCGGUAGCUGCCUACCCCUUAUCGACGUGGAAAGCUGCAACCUAGACUUCAAGCCCUUCCCCAACUGCUCGUGCAAAACUAGGCAGGGCAUCCUGCCCUUCACCAUCUCUCCCCGCUACUUUCCACUCAAAAACAAGUUCACCACCGAGUACUGCUUCGUGAUCAGCACCUUGCCCCCCGACCAAAUCCUGCCUAGCACUUGUCGAAUGCCCGAGGAGAUUCUCACCAAGAUUGAGUGGUACGCAAACCAAACCUCAGCCGGCAUGAUUGCGGGCUUCACUCUUUAUCCUGCUGGCGGCUCCAAGUCCAGGCGCUCAACCAGCUGGGGCGCCUACGGAACCAACACGCUGAAAGCGACCAACAUCAACUGGACGCUGCAAGAAGCCCACGGCGGUAUGGUUUGCAUUGAGGUCAAGAAGCCCGGAACGUUGAAGGAUGUGUGCCUGGGAUUCAGCUCACAGUGCUACGUGAGCACGUUUAACAGGAACAAGGACUGCUGCCCCAUCUAUAGGGCGGACCUAGCCCCGACCGCGUCGUCUGGUCUCCGGUAA